AUGGAAGUCCAUGUGGCAAAUAAUAACUUGGAGAAUGAGGAAGAUGAAGAAGACACUGAAACUCUACAUGGCAGUUACACAGAACUUGAUUUCAGUGAUCUUGCUAACGAAUCUUUUACAAGCAUAACGGUUAGGGACAACGUGAAGGACUGCCUAGAGAAGACACCUGAGAAUCGAACGGGACAAGAUAUUAAUGUCCUUCGAGAGUUCUUACUGCCUUUUGCAGUUUUCAAUAGCUUUCCAAAAGAUGUACAAACAUUGAUAUGUCGAAAGCUGGUGUACGUGGUGGUUGAAAAUGAAGGUAGCAUAGUAUUGAGGGAGAAUGAGGAGAUGAAGUACUGGGGCAUGGUGAUCAAUGGAUGUCUUGAAAUGCACCAUCCUACUGAUGAUUCAUACAGCAGGCUUAUACAAAUUGGCGAUUGGUUUGGUAUAGACCCAUUCAAUGACACAAGCCACACGGCCAGCCAGUAUCUCAUUCAGACUCGAGUACCCAGCUGCCACUAUGUUGCCAUCACUAAGCUUGAUUGGCAGGCCAUCAAUCAAGAAACACAUUGCAUAGAGAAGGAAACAGUUGAGGAUGGAAAGAAAGUUCUUGUAGUGGAGGAGAGAGAUUUGAAGAAGGGCAACAAGAAGGGAUACUUUGUUAAGAAAGGCACGAAAGACCAGUUGGUAAAGUUCUUAGUAGACACUCACAGUUCAGAGGACCCGACGUACGUUGAAGACUUCCUGCUGACCGGCAGAACGUUCCUCGAUGAUGGACUGGUCAGUCUGUGCCACAGUCUCACAUUGUGGUUCAAUGAUGGGGGCAGGUUGAGAGAUAAGAACAUGACAGGACAGAUAGACCUAUUGCACAGGGCUUGCUGUGUGCAGGCCAGCAAAAGAAUGAUCAAACUGUCUAAGAGUACGUUGGCUGAGAGUUGGAACUUUUCAACGGUCUCUGGGAAGGAGGGUGGAAAAUUAUUCAUCGAUAAUGUCACCACAGCCAAUGACCACAGCAACAGUCGAAGAUUGAAUAACUUGAAGUAUUACAACAACAGCAGCAAUAACAACAACAACAAUUACAAUAAUAAUGUCACGAAAACUACUGUUGAUAAGAACAAUAGCACCUCUGAUAGUCACAGCAAUAACGUUAAUAAUGGUUGUAAUUAUCGGGAUGGCAGUAUGAACAUGAAUCUCAGUCAUUUCUGUAACUCUACCAAUUUCUUAAUGAGAGGAGAUCAGAUACUGGAGGUGAAUGGGAUAAAAGUAGACGAGAUGCCAUGCAGCAAGACAGCCAUUAAGAUCAUCCACGAAUCCAAACAACUGAACAUCAUCGUCAAGUACAACUACAUCGCUUAUUUAUAUCAGCUAAAUCCUGAAAAAACAGAUUACAAAGAAGCGAUGAUAUCGUCAGUUUCGGGCAGCAUAAAAGGUCGAAAUGUCUUUACAAAGCAGAGUUGCUCCAGCGAGGAACGAGAGAAGGGCAAGAGGAAGAAGGAAUGGUCGACCAGAAAGUUGUUCACUAAUGUCUUCGAACCAUUCAUCAAGAGAAUAUCUGUCUUCAAAGACCACUACUCUAUGUACCAUGUUACAUUUGAGAAUGGCGAGAUAAUGAAGUACACUCGUCUGUUGGAAUGUUCUAUCAACUUGCUAUCAUUGUGUAAUGAUCAUACGAGGAUCUGUCUGGUCAACAACAACACACCUAUCGCUGAUUGGCUGAGAGAUAUUACAACAAAUUAUAACGCCACACUCAUCAGCAACAGUGGCCAACUACAACAGCAGCAGCUACAACCACUGCAGCCACCACAUCCACUCUGGCACAUAAAAGCUUAUGAAGUGGCUCUCGAGUUGACGAUGCGAGAUUUUCAACUUUUCAAGAACAUCCAACCUUCUGAAUUCAUUGAAUAUGUUUUUGUUAAAAAGUCAAACACAAAAUGUAAAAGUUCUGAUGAUGGUAUCAGCAAUAACAACAACAACAAUAACAACAAUAAUAAUAUUAUCAACAACAACAACAGUAGUAAUAAUAAUAAUAAUCGAGUUGUUGUUGGCAUUGGGAAUAAUUGUGGCGAUAUCGCUGAUUGUGUCGAAAAUAGCCGGUGUUUCAAUUUGGAAUUAUUUUCCAAGCUGGUGAACAGGGAGAUGUUCUGGGUGGCCACGGAAAUAUGUCAGGAGCCAUUCAUGGACAGCCGUGUCAAACUCAUCCAAACCUUCCUUAAGAUAUCACAACACUGCCUAUCAUUGAACAACUUCAACUCAACUUUCUGCAUUAUCAGCGGUUUGAGCCACAGUUCAGUUUCAAAACUGAAGCAGACUUGGGCUAGAGUGCCUGCUAAAUAUAUAAAGCUCUUUCAGAACUUACAAGAUCUCAUGGACCCUUCAAAUAACAUGUCCAAGUACAGGAACCUCUUGAACAUCAAGCUCAUCGACAGUCCAGCAAUACCAUUUCUGCCAGUCGUCAUGAAGGACUUGACUUUCAUCGAGCUGGGCAACAAAACUGUGGUGGACGACGACAUGGUCAAUUAUGAUAAGAUGAGAAUGGUGGCCAGACAAGUCAGAAAAGUUACUAACAUGGCCUCGCCUUACUAUCACAACAAAGAUCUGGAGUUAUCAAGGAGCUUUGAUGGCAUCACCCACACAACAUCCACAUCUUCAUCCUCUUCCUCCAACAGCAUGGCCGCGUCUUCAUCUUCUAGCAUCAACGUAUCGAAUUUUGUGACCAUCAGGAAGAGAAAGGGUCCAGCUAUCAUUAAAAAUGUGGCUGCUCAACUGAAAUCUGAUGAGAAUGCCAUGGUGGUGAAGAAGUACCUCGAUAACCUAAUGAUUAUCUGCGAUGAAGAAAUUCUCACUGCCAUGUCCAACAAUCUAGAACCCAAAAAUUCUAAUUCAUCGACGUCGUCAUCAUCUUCUUCAAAGUUGAAAUUGGAUUCGUCGCCAAAGGCAGCAAGCCAGGACAACACUGGCUCUGUUUCUAAUAACAAAAUCGUCACAUCCUUUAAAUUCGGCACCGAUUCUCAGUCAUCCAUCAACAAACUCAUCAACCUCACAGAGAAGAUAACUUCAUCUCCCAUCAACAUCCACAGCAACAACAACAACAACAAAAACAUUCACAACAACACAAAAAGACCCAAUGCACUUUCUCUCAAUAGUUACGAGACUUUCCUAGCAGACGUCAUCAGGGUACCCAGACGUAAAAAUUCAGCAUCCACAGUACCGGCGCCAUCACCGCCGGCAACAACAACAACAACAAAGCACGCAUCACGAAUAAGAUCCGGUGGGCAGUCAUCUAAGGGAACUCUACUUCCCGCUGUUAGGUUGUCUCUUGAAAGUUCCUCUGUUGCUGCAUCGCCUGUCAGAAAUGGAGCCAAUAGGAGUAGCAUGAGUAGGAAAGGUAGAUACCAGCCAGCCAAUCAGAGCAUGGAUUCACUACCUCCUAGAGGAUCACCUUCCUCAUCCCUCCGACUCCCAGCAGCAACAUUCCGGCUACUAUACAUCUUCAUCAUCUGUGAGGUCAUCAUCACCCAUCAUCAUCUCAUCCUCCUCCUUGGUUUCACUUCCGGAAACUGUGGCCUCAGACUCCUCUUCAUCGCCAUUUCCGACAAUAUCAUCAUCAACAACAACAACUUCAACAACAUCAUCAUUAACAGCAACAACGUUAUCAAAUUCAACAACAUCAGUCACAGCAACUACAACGUCAUCAACAACAUCAACAACAACAACAACAACAACGUCAACAACAACAUCAACAACAUUGUUGACAAUCAAGAGGAAAUCUUUAGUGAAACAGCAUAAAAAGGAUUUCAACUCCUUGGAUGAUGCUGAUGGUGAUGAUGACAAUGAGGAUGAUGUUGGUUCAUGAUGAUGAUGAUGUUGCUGUGAAAAUGAUGAUAAUUAUGAUGAAGAAGAUGAGAAUAAGGAUGAUGACGAUGUUUGUGAUGAUGAAGAAAAUGACGUAUCGUUGUGUUUUAAUAAUUUAAUUGUAUGUUUAAUUUAUUUUUUUGUAGGUGUGUAUGCUUUUGUAUUAUUUUUUUAAAAAGACUUCCUCGA